AUAGAGUGCAGCACGGUGGACAGAUACCAGGGACGCGACAAGGCGUGUAUCUUAGUGUCGCUGGUGCGAAGCAAACAAGACGAGGAGGUCGGCUCUCUCGUGUCGGACAUCCGAAGGUUGAACGUGGCGGUGACUCGAGCAAAAGCGAAGCUGAUCCUUGUGAGAAACCUCAACUCGAUG